AUGGCUCUUUUAUCUUUAUUCCUUUCAUCUUCAAAUAGUAUUGAUAUGCCUAAAUGGCCAAAGGCAUACAAACUUCAAGGCACAUGGAGCAUUCCUUAUCAGAAAAUCGUAGAACCAUUUACAGUUUACGUUGAUAACGCUAAACAGCGUUGGGCAGAGAUUGCAUACAGCGGUGUUUCAAGAAAUGUUUACUUUGUAAACGAUAAAACCUACAAUAUGCAGCCAAAAUUUGAUCAUAUGACAUGUAUGUACAAGAAAGGACCAACAGAGGUCCUCCAAUACUUACCAACUGAUUACGAAAACUAUCAAUAUGCAGGCGUAACUGUUGUUCUUGGCCGCAAAUGCCAUAUGUGGGAAAAGAAGGUUGAAAUGCCAGUAAAUCAAUGGUUCUAUCGCGUGUAUUGCGAUUAUGAGACAUUAGAACCAGUUCGUCUUUGGAACCAUGGCGCUUCGAUUCGUGGAUCUCAUCCAGCCGAUUAUUACUUCGAUGUUUUCGAUUUCGGCCCAGUUGUUGACGAGGCACCAUUUAUAAUUCCAACAGGCUGCGUUGGAGGCAACUCUUCUGGUCCAACUCUUCGUCAAUCUAAAAUGAAUACAAAUUACUGCCCAACGAAGCACAUUGACUUCAAGGGCGAUCUCCCAGAGUCAUUCUCAUGGCGUAACCUACCGAAUGUUGUUGCUAUGCCACGUGACCAAGCAAAUUGUGGUUCAUGCUGGGCCCAAGCCGCCGCAACAUCAAUUUCAUCACAGAUCUCUAUGAGAACAAACAAGACAACAAAGGUUUCAGUACAGCAGAUCGUUGAUUGCACAUGGAAUGACCACAAUUUCGCAUGUUUCGAUGGAUUUACAGAUGCAGCCUUCAGAGUAAUGCAGCAGAAGCAGAUGAAACUUGUUCUCGAGGAUGACUACCCAUACAUCGGCCUCGGAGGCUAUUGUCCAACAAAUAAUCACUCAAUGAACGUAAUUGUCAAAGAUUGCUGGCAAGUCGAGCCAAAAGACGUCGAACAGCUCAAGCGCGCCCUUUAUCUCUACGGCCCAGUCGCUGUUGCCAUUGCAACUGACUCGAGUUUCGCCAAAUAUCAAGGACCAGGUGUUUUCCCAGGAAAAUCGGCCACACUCGAUGAUCUUACACACGCUGUAACUCUCACAGGCUGGGGUGUCGCCAAGGAUGGAACAAAGUACUGGGAAAUCCAGAAUUCUUGGUCAGAUUUCUGGGGAAUUGACGGCUAUGGUCUCAUCAACCAGGAUUUCGACCACGACAUCGGCAUUACAUUGGAUGCCUUUGUUCCAGUCAUAGAAGUAGUUUAA